AUGAGGCUCAACACGGCUUCGAUGGCCGCCUUCAUCCUCACCUUCGUCUUUGCAUUUCUCCUCCACGGCGUCGCCGCAUACCCCGAUCUCACUGCACUGACUUCACCUCAAUGCCCCACUUCGCCACCGGACCCGCGAGAAUGUGACAGGGAAGGCCUCGGAGAUACCGGUCGGGGUUCUCACAAAUGGGUCGGCAAUGGCUUCACUCUUCAGUACAAGGAGGAUCUCUAUCAGGACUGCUACGCCAUGCACAACUUCAGAGGCGAGGCAGGCAAGUGCUACAACGUUGAGGGAACAUGGCUCACGUGCCGGCCAGCGCUGUGGUACAGCUUCGACGGCUCCGCAGACUGCACCGUGUGGGAGGCGCGUGACUGCGACAGCAAUGGAGGCUCUUCUACGAAGCUGGUGAAUACUCAACAGCGUAACCAGGGCUUCGGCGCGGACGGAAAGCAGUCGAUGAGGGUCUUGAGCCACAAGUGUGUCGCGAACUGA